UCACUCCCACACAGGAUAUCAAGCAGAGUGGACCGAGAUGAGGACCAUUCCCCUGCUUCUGUUGGUUGCAUUAACAGCCCUGGCAGAGUCUCACCGCGGCCAACACAUCGGGCGUGCAAAGCGGGAGCUUUUGGUGCGUUCCAAAAGAAGAUGGGUUUUGUCUACAAUUGAAAUCGACGAAGAAGAUUCUGGGCCUUUCCCGAAGGAACUUUCGAAGAUGUAUAAUGACCAGACGCAUUUUUCGGGGGAAAAGUACAAAAUAAGUGGGAUGGGUGUGGAUAAGGAGCCUUUCGGAGUGUUCUCCAUCAACGAAGACACCGGAGUCGUCUAUGCCCACAAAUCUGUCGACAGAGAGGAACACGAAAUCUACCAUAUCCGGUUUGAUAUCUUAAGCAAACAGAAGGGCGAAAUAAUAGACAAAGAACUAUCUUUCAAUGUAGAAGUAAAUGACAUCAAUGACAACGCACCAAUGUUCGAACCUAACUUGCAAGCCGAUGUGGAGGAAAAUAUUGCAGAAGGGAGCCCUCUGUUGCCGCUGAAUGUCACGGACAGAGAUAAGAAGAAGACGCCCAACUCUGCAUUCACCAUCAGUAUGGUUUCACAGAACCCGCAAGAGCCCAAGAUUGAAUUGGUCGAGUUGUCUCCCAGCAUAGCCCAGCUCUCCUUUAAAGGAUGUUUUAACUAUGAUAAAGUAAAGAAGUAUGAAGUUAUUGUUCAAGCAAGAGAUCAUGGAACACCGCCCCUCUCCUCCACUGCCACUGUUACUCUCAACAUUAUUGACAGAAACACUCAUCUGCCGACGUUCAAGAAGGAGGAGUACAAAGGUGAGGUGAAGGAAGGAAUCACCAAGGACAAUGUUUUGAGAAUUGCGGUAGACGACAAAGACACUCCCAAAACUCCCGGUUGGCGUGCCAAAUACUUCUUCGUUAAAGGGAAUGAGGGAGGAAACUACAAACUUGAAACUGACCCCAUCACUAAUGAGGGUAUUCUGAGUGUCAUCAAGGACAAGGACUUUGAGAAGAUAACUUACACUGACCUGGUGGUCAGAGUGGAGAAUGAGGAGGCCUUGUUUGUUUGUGGCACAGACACACCUCCAACUCCAAAUACAGUCAAGAUCAAAAUGAAAGUGAUUGAUAUCAAUGACCCACCUCACUACGAGAAAAAUGUGUAUAAGUUGUACAGGAUAGAGGAGGAGGAGCCAGGAAAGGUGCUGUUGACUCCGAAGGUUUACGACGCCGACUCCAAUGUAACCCUUAUCAGGCAUGUGCUGUUAGAAGAAUCAGCUGGCUGGGUGAAAAUAGAUGAGAAAACAGGAAAACUCACAACAAUUAAGAAGAUGGACAGAGAGUCACCUUUUGUCAAUGACGAUAGCGCUUACAAAAUCGUCAUCGGAGCCAUAGAUGAUGGUGACCCUUCAGAAACAGGUACAAGCACUGUUCUGGUCUACCUACGGGAUAUCAAUGACAACAAACCACGCCUGCUCAACAAGGACAUGAUUUUGUGUGGAAACAAGGACAACAAGGUCAUGGUGCCUGCCACGGAUGCAGAUAUCAAUCCUUUCAGUGGGCCCUUCACUUUCUCCCUGGGUGGUGAUGACAAAGCUGUGACGGAGCGAUGGAAACUAGACCCUACCUUUGGUCAGGAAGCUGGGCUCGUUAGCCUGGGGACACUUCCUUUUGAUAAGUACUCAGUGCCACUGAUCAUUAAGGACCAGCAGAGCUCGAUUGGACUUCACACCGUGGAAGUGAUGGUGUGUGAGUGUGGAGAGGGAGAUGUUUGCCUCGGCAAAAAGCCGCCUUCAUCCAGCCUUGGGCCAGCGGGCAUUGGACUUCUCUUUUUGGGACUCCUCUUAUUGUUGCUGCUGCUCCUCAUCUUUAAGUGUCAGUGUGGAGGGAAGGAUUUCCAGAAAAUAGCCACGGUGCAGGAUGAGGGCAACCAGACCCUCAUCAAGUACAACCAAGAAGGAGGGGGGUCUGCAAGCAUGAGUGAGCCCGUUCUGCUCCUGACUCCUACAAACAGGCCAUCUGUGACAGAUGGCCUAAAAAUGGGCACCAUGCAGGAGACCAAGAUGGCUCCAGUAAUGACCCAGGACAGGUAUACGUACAACAGCCCAGCGCUCGGCAUGAUGAACUCUAACAUGAACUCGCAGGGCAUGCAGCACCAAAGAGACACGGUCAGAAGCCACAGUCAGAAGCAGGACAUAUACGCUACAUGGGCUUCAAACAAGAUGAACACCCAUCAGGGAGGCUCUUCGAGAUGCAACCACUCUGUAAGCCUGCGGUCAACUCAACACAUUUCAGACCAUAUCGAGAAGAGAAUGCAACAGAUUGAUGGAACCGAUGUAGGCCGGCCAGAGUACCAACCCUACGCGUAUGCCUACGAGGGACAGGGCAGCAGAUGCGAGUCGUUGGAUAAGCUGUCACUCAGCAACCUGGGGGAUGAUUUGAUGUUUCUGAAUGAUUUGGGGCCAAAGUUUAAGACCUUGGGAGGCAUCUGUCACCGGACAGUUCAAAAAAAAUAAAUACAGCUUUAAAGGCCACUGCUGGACUGAGAUUUUUUGACCAGGAAAGUUGCUCUUCGACUCAAGUUUUAGAUCGUGAUUAUGGACUGAUCUGACUAGAUCUUUGGAGAAAAGAUGCACCACAAUGGUUGGAUUCUGUACUCUGGCAUUUCGGACUUAAACAUCCCACAUAUUUAGAGUCAGAUGUUUGUAUAUUAGCAUCAACCCAUGAAACAAGGAUUAUGUGGUAGUCGCUGUGUUUUACCCGCUUGAAGAGGAGAUUAAUGCACUGAACAAACUGUCAUGCUUUGGUGAUUUUGAAAUGUUGGGCUUUAACAGAAAGAGGGUGUGUUUGCUUGUUUUUUUUACUUUGCUGCUUUAGGAAUGAUUGCGUGUCAGUGCUGUAGGUUGUGUCAUAGCACUAUUUUUUUUAAAAUAUUUUUAUGCUUUUAACUGUAUGUUUAUCUGUGGAAACUGGAAAGAGAACCCUUUUGUUAAUAAAGACCAGCAGAAAUCAGUUGGUAUGAGUCCUGUUAAUCAGUAAUUGGCCAGUGGUAUUGUUCCUAUAAACUGAGGUACCAUGUCUGUGGCCUGCUGAUACAGUGGUGCGGAGUUUAUACUGUGUAUCUUGCAACAAUACAUAGUCCAUUACUUGCUUUGUUUUCUUGUAUGCAUUUUUUGCAUCUGCUGUCUGAAACAUGCAUUCUUUGAAAUGCUGUAUUUGGGAGGAAAUUGGCCAUCACUAAAGGAUGUGCUAGUAGCAACCUUUUGGGGUGAAAUCUUUUUACUUUUUACUAUUAAAAUAACUAUAAUAAAAAUAUACAAAAAAACAUACUGUUUCAGUAGUUACAACCGAUGUUUGGAAGUAGUAAUCUAAUUAAACUAAUAGUUCAC